GGUAAAAGAAAUAGUCCGAGGCCACGGCUGAUGACGCGCGGUGUCUGCUGAGAAGAGCUCGGUAGCUGGGGUGGCCGCCGGGGGUGGGGAUGGCGGAUGCGGCGGCGGCUAUGAGCGGGGAGGAUAAAGAGGAGGAUGGGGCCAAGCGUGCAACAGCGGCGGGGCCGGCGGAGACCCUGGGCUUCUACGAGCCGAGUGACGGGAUCCGAGUAGAGGGAAAGAAGCGAAGCUUGUCAGAUCUUUCGUUGCUGAGGUUCAUCAGUGCUGAGCUAACAAGGGGGUAUUUUCUUGAAAAUAAUGAAGCGAAAUACAAAGAAAGAAGAGAGAAAGUGUACACCUGCCUGCGAAUACCUAGAGAGCUGGAGAAGUUGAUGUUAUUUGGGUUCUUCCUUUGCCUCGAUGCUUUCUUGUAUGUGUUCACAUUGCUUCCAUUGAGGGUACUACUGGCUUUGAUUAGGUUCCUUACUCUACCAUGUUGUGGAUUAAGUGAUGGGCGAGUGCUUCAGCCUGCACAAGUAUGUGACGUUCUCAAAGGGGUCAUCCUGGUGAUCUGCUACUUCAUCAUGCACUAUGUCGAUUACUCUAUGAUGUACCACCUAAUACGAGGGCAGUCAGUGAUAAAGCUGUAUAUUAUAUACAAUAUGCUGGAGGUUGCAGAUCGCCUCUUUUCUUCAUUCGGACAAGACAUUUUAGAUGCUCUUUAUUGGACAGCGACGGAACCCAAGGAGAGGAAGAGAGCCCAUCUUGGUGUUAUACCUCACUUCCUUAUGGCUGUAUUGUAUGUCAUUUUACAUGCGAUCCUCAUCCUUGUGCAAGCUACAACACUUAACGUGGCUUUCAACUCCCACAACAAGUCACUGCUCACCAUCAUGAUGUCCAAUAACUUUGUUGAAAUAAAAGGGAGCGUUUUCAAGAAAUUUGAAAAGAAUAACCUCUUCCAGAUGUCAAACAGUGACAUAAAGGAGAGAUUCACCAACUAUGUGCUUCUUCUGAUUGUGUGCCUAAGAAACAUGGAGCAGUUCUCAUGGAAUCCAGAUCACCUGUGGGUGUUAUUCCCUGAUGUCUGCAUGGUCAUUGCUUCGGAGAUUGCGGUGGAUGUUGUCAAACACGCCUUCAUUACAAAGUUUAAUGACAUCACUGCCGAUGUGUAUAGUGAAUACCGAGCCAGUCUUGCCUUUGAACUAGUGAGCAGUCGCCAGAAAAAUGCUUGUACCGAUUACAGUGACUCUGUAUCCAGGAGAAUGGGCUUUAUUCCUCUCCCACUAGCGGUCCUACUCAUCAGAGUGGUCACCAGCUCAGUAAAGGUACAGGGAAUCUUGGCCUAUACCUGUGUUGUCCUUUUUUAUUUUGGACUGAUUACAUUAAAAGUCCUUAACAGCAUCGUCUUGCUGGGGAAGUCAUGUCAGUAUAUCAAGGAUGCAAAAAUGGAAGAGAAGUUGUUCCAGCCACCCACUACCUGCCAACCAGGAAAGACUCCUAAGAAAGCCCAAAACAAAGCAAAACCAAAUCAAGGCCAUCCUCCAGACGAAACUGCCAAUACUUCCGUAACCUGCCAACCUACUAAGACCGUGAGCACAGCGCAACUUCUCGUGGAGAGCAAUUCUGACAAACUUCUGACCACGCCUGACGGAGAAGAGAAAGAAAUUCCAGGAGACGGCUCAGAACUGAAGCAGAAACAGGCAGAUAAAGAUUUGCUUGACAUCGACCGGUUUACUAUCUGUGGCAACAGAAUUGACUGAUUUCCUCUUCCCAUGGUUUUUGCUGUUGAACAGAGUCAGGUCGUUGGAUUUGGCACUUGCGAUAUUUAUUUUUUUCAUUGUUUUAAAUUAUUUCUUCAGGUAAAAAAAAAAUCCUUUUAUUGAUAAAGUGCUUUGGAUUUGGCCCCAGGCUUCCCAUGGUAUUAUAACUGUUGAAGUGAAGAUUAAAUAUAUAUAUAUUUUUUUUCCUUUUUAACAUUUGGAUUUUGCUUUUGGGCUUGGUUGGACUGUGAUGGGAAGUUCUACUAAUGGAAUGCAAAGGACUUGACUUUGCAAAGCUGCACUAUGAACAAAUCUAAAAAUGUAGUUUUUAAAUAUACUGCAGGGUGGUAUAAGAAGGCAAAUCAUUGGAUGUCAAACAAAGCUAAUGACAUUUUCUUUAAACCAUGUCGUGUUUGGACUUCUUGUAACACAGAGUUGAUUUCCAGUCUGGGAACACAUGCCUUAACUUUAAAGAAACUCCUCAAAUAUUGCAAGCAAAGGAUACAGGAAUCCAUAAUAUGAACCUACUGCUCAUGCCUGGACUGUCUUUCCCUUUCUUAGCAGCCUUAUUACCGUUAAUAUCCUACUACCUUAGAAGACUGCUGUUUCCACUCAACUCAGUUGGUAUUUAGUAUAAACUGAGAGACUUUCCAGCGUCAUUUUCCUCAAGUUCAUUCUGUUGCAUGCGAGUAGAAGAGUUAUAUGGUACAUCUACCAAUGAAUUAUGGGGAAGAUUUGUAUAUUCAUUUAAGGCCCACCACCAUCUCUACUUGUCAGUUAGCCUUCCCUUUAUAAGGCACAGUCCGUACAUUCAGUUUGCAUGAACCCAGUUCUGAUGUUGGUACAACACCGGCUUUCAUGGUUUUGUAACUAAAGCUUUUCUAUAUGACUUCGCUUUGGAAUUUGCCAGUAGAAUAUGGCAUGUAUAACAAAUCACACACCCAAACAUGCUACAAUAUAUUGAUGAUCAGUACAAACUAAGCUCUUUUGCCUUCUGAAUUAACAACCCACGUUAAUUACAUAUAUUGAAAAGCAGUACAGAUAACAAUUAUCACGUAAGUACGUAUGGAUAUACAAUGAAUGGCAAUUGUAUACUUAUUGGUAAGGCUCUGACUAGAGACAAAGUUUGACCGAAAGCCCAGCAGCCCAGCAGUGCUGUCAGCAAAGGAUGCACUAAAACCAGGAUUCAGUUCACGAUUCAGCCCUAUCCUAGCGCACUAGUUAUUGGAUGUAGCCAAAGCAAAUAUGUACCAUUAAAGUCACAAGACUUUAAAACUCUAUUUGUCAUUAAUUAAGGCAGUUUUUUUUGGUGGAAACUUUAGGGAGCAUUCUGUAUUAAGGCCUACACAAAAUAAAGGGUUUAGUGUAUCCCUGCUAUAAAUUGUACCUCCCACCAUCAUCAAAGCAGUCUGCGGCUCCCUAAGCACGUUGGACCAUAUCGUACACAGCAGUGAGGGGUGCAUUGCAGAUUUGAACACCUUUAUCUUGGACACAACAAGAUUUCCCUCCUUAUUAGAUGCCCUUUGGGCAGAGAGUAAAACACUCUGAGGCAUCAGGUCCAGUUUUGUUGUAUAUUCUUUAAUAAUAGGGACAUAGGAAUUCCUAUUAUUAAAUUGAGUUUAAAGAUAAAAGGUAUCUAUAACUAGAAAAUAGUCAGGCAAUAGAUUUUAGUAAGAUAGGGAGAGAUAGUGGCAUAGAUGUAGUUGGACUUACCCCAGGUAUAUUUUAGCCUGUGACCUUCCACCUGUAUAAUUUCCACUCCUGGGGGCAACAAUACUUCACCAAGAGCUGCAGGUCAGACUGGGCUACAAAUUUGUACAUUUCUUCAUUAAGGCUUCACCUUAUUGGCUCUAAAGCCAUGGCACCAGCAUGUCAGUCAGUCUAGAGGACGGUAUCCCUGGCUAUUGGCAGAGCACCCUCAGUGCGGCCAUUAAUGAGAGGCUCUCUGCUUGACACAGAACCCACUGAAGAAAAUUCUUUGCUUUGUUUGGCACAGAACUAAAUCCAAAUCUGAUUAACACUGUUAUUUCUAGUAAAAAACCAAAGCUGUGACAGAUUGCGUUUUACUUGUACUGCCUACUUAACUGUCUCACUCACCCCAUGUUUCCUCCGCCAUAUAAGGUUUAAGAUGUUUAGGUAAGGGGCAUGCAAACUUGGAUAUUCAUCUGAUUUGUGGGUUGCUGGGAGUUAUGGUUCCAAAACUCCUGGAGCUGAUUGGGUUUUUUAGUUCAAUGCUGAAAUUCUUACCUGUUCUGAUCCCGAGGUUCACUUCAGAAUAAAAAAAAAUAUAUCUAUUGUUAGUAAAUAUACAAGUGAUUGUAGGUUAGUUAUAAUUACAAUAACAAUACAAUAUGUGCUUAGACAAAUACCAAACUAGGUACUAUCCCAGCUAAAUAUGGCUGCUGUGAGAAGCUGUAGCACAAGUCUGGAAAGAGUAGGUGCUUUUGGACACAUCGAGAAGUUGAAUGCUGAUGACCAGAAGAAGUUUUCACCUCUUAAACUCUAUAGGCCUAGCAGCAUAUAUUAUUAGUUGCUUAGUGUGUGACUAUAAGUAACACACUUGUGGCUGCGAUUUGCUAGCGGGGGGUUCUGGCCUUGGGUGACUGGUCUCCCCCUGAGAUUUCCUUGGGGUUUAAUAGUGAUUGGCUUAUGUUAGUUCACACACAAUCCACAUUUACUCAAACAUUUUUCAUUGAGAGAAAUGAAGGAGAUAUAAACAGGAAAACUUAUCCUUAGUCAGCUUUUUCUGCCAAUGGUCCAAUGAAUGGUUUGGUCAGAUAAAUUGAGGACCAAGGUGCCAUGCAUGCCCAGAAAGUCCGGCUGAAUAAUGGCAUGGAUUCCACGAUUAUUAGAGUUUUAGAUUUUCCAAAGACUCUUGCUAGAAAUGUAACGAUUUUGUGUCUGUGAAUCCAAGUAGUACAGAUUGUGAUACCAGUACCUUCAUGCCAUUGGUUAUAAAUUCAAAAUUGUCCUGGGGAAAAAAGAAACUAAAUUGGUACAAAGAAUUCAAACUACAAAUUGAUUUGUAUCUUGCUAUUGUGGCAAAGCUAAGGAAAUUUCCCUGAUCUGCUACAGAAUCAUUUUUUUCUGUUGGAAAUCAUAUUGUGUAAUAUAGUAUGUUUUAUAAUUACAUCUUGUAAAACAAAAUAAUAAAUUUUGUAAUCUUUCAUAAGU